GGCCUGCGUUCAGCCACGCAUUUUCACUCUUCCGAGCUCUCAACGUACGGUAAUGGCGGAUCGAGAUCGGAAGCUCAAAGCGGCGGCACAUUCUGUUGAUCCUCGGAGUGGUUUCUGUCCUCAAACCAAGAUUUUCCAUAGCCUCCGGCCACCACUCUCGCUUCCGCCGAUAUCUCAGCCUCUCACUGUUGUCGGACACGCACUUUCUAUUCUUCGAUCAUCCCCUCCUCCGGUGAACACUACCGCUCUUGUUGAUUUCGACUCAGGUGACAGUAUCUCCUACGGUAUUUUCCUCUGCCAAAUCCGAAACCUCGCCUUUAAUCUUAGAACUGUUUUCUCCCUCUCCAAGGGUCAGGUUGCUUUUAUUCUUUCGCCGACUUCUCUCCGAGUUCCUGUGUUGUAUUUUGCUCUGUUAUCUCUCGGUGUUGUUGUCUCUCCGGCUAAUCCAAUCGGUUCUGAAUCGGAGAUUGCUUACCAGGUUCGACUCUGUAAACCGGACAUUGCCUUCGUUACUUCCUCAACGGCGUCCAAGCUUUCGAGGGUUCCAGUUUCCACUGUCUUGAUUGAUUCAAUGCAGUUUCUAUCUAUGAUGAAUGAAAGCAAUCUAUCGAAUGGAGUGGAUGAUGAUGCUGUUGAUGUCAAAGUCGAUCAAAACGACUCGGCGGCAAUUCUGUACUCGUCAGGGACUACCGGGCGAGUGAAAGGAGUCUUACUGUCUCACAGGAACCUCAUAGCGGCGAUCUCUAGUUUUAUGACAUUAGAGGCGACGGCCGACGAAAGAGAAACGGAGCCGCAUCCCGUUUCUCUGUACCUGUUACCUAUGUUCCAUGUUUUCGGAUUCUAUAUGAUGAUUCGAUCGAUUUCAGAAGGCCAUACGCUGGUUCUGAUGCGAAAGUUCGGUUUCGAGGAAAUGUUAAGAGCCGUGGAGAAGCAUAGGGUUACAUACAUCCCAGUUUCUCCCCCGCUGGUGGUGGCGAUGGUCAAGUCGGAGCUGGUGGCGAAGUACGAUCUCAGCUCUCUUCAAAUUUUGGGAUGCGGCGGCGCUCCUCUUGGUAAAGAAGUCGUCGAUAAAUUCCACGUUAAAUUCCCCAACGUAGAAAUUAUACAGGGAUAUGGCUUGACAGAGAGUUCAGCAGCGGCGGCGCGGACUUUGGGGCCUGAAGAAUGCAGUAAUACAAGUUCAGUAGGUCGCUUAUCUGAAAGUCUGGAAGCCAAAAUAGUGGAUCCUGCAACUGGAGAAGCCUUACCUCCUGGUCACAAAGGAGAGCUUUGGCUGCGAGGUCCAGGAAUCAUGAAAGGUUAUGUUGGAGAUGAAAAGGCAACUGCUGAAACUUUGCAUCCGGAGGGAUGGCUAAAAACUGGUGACCUUUGCUAUUUUGAUUCUGAUGGAUAUCUCUAUAUUGUCGAUAGAUUAAAAGAAUUGAUCAAGUACAAGGCCUAUCAGGUCCCACCAGCUGAACUCGAACAUUUACUUCAAUCCAACCCCGAGAUCGCCGAUGCUGCUGUCAUACCCUACCCUGAUGAAGAAGCUGGAGAGAUUCCUAUGGCUUAUAUUGUUAGAAAGCCUGGAAGCACUCUCACUGAAGCUCAAGUCAUAGAUUUCAUUGCAAAACAGGUUGCACCGUACAAGAAAAUCCGGAGGGUGUCUUUUGUGAACACGAUCCCAAAAUCGCCUGCUGGGAAGAUUCUUAGGAGGGAGCUUAUCAAACAUGCGCUCUCUCGUGGUUCUAGCAAGUUAUAAGAGAGCAACGUUUUGGCACCACAGAAAGCACUGGGAGGUUAGCACUUAUUCUUCCUUUUGAUUUAUGAUAUGAAACAAUAGAAGCAUAUUUAUAUUUGUAGUAUAGAUCACAUUAGGCUAAAGUUUCUACUUUUCUUCAUUUUUCUCAUCGAAAAUGCCUUGGGUGGCUGCAAGCUGAAUACUAAUUGAAUUUAUUUUAGGAUCUAUGGCUGAUUCGGAAUAAACCAUUAGAAAAUCUUGCAAACCGGUUAAA